AUGCAAUUUGAUCAUGUCUAUUUUAAGCCCCAGCCCAAGGGCAAGACAAACUCAUCUGGUCAAAUUAAAGUUUCUCCAAAUGUGUUAAGCAAAAAUAAAACUGUACGAAGUGUUCUGAAAGUGACUGAAAAUGGCAGUAAUGUGAAAAAUGUGCAAGUUGUUAUUACCUCCGACUUACCUGAUGUACAGUUUGUGAAAGACUGCAAUUCAGUAUCACAGACUAACCAGUCAGACUCUUUUGAAACCAUUAAUGUUGAUGAUUAUGACAGCGACAUGUUAAACAAUUUGAACUUUGACCUUUUGGAUGACCUCGAAAACAUCUUGAAAGCUGAUACGGAAGGUUUGACCUGCCCUAAAGAUAGUUAUUUUCAGUCUCAAACAGGUGACAAUGGACUCGUUUUAAACGAAAGUAAUUCUCGAGGACAGAAGAGGAAAGUGAAUGAGAUUGAAGCAAUUGUUGACACUCUUACAUGUGAUGUUCCUGAGAAGGCAUUGUCAGUAGAUUCGGACUACAUUAGUGAUGUUCCUUCUCCAUACAGUACUGGUUCCCCAUAUAGCGUACAUGAUUCUGGGUCACCUUUAACUGACACAAACAUUGAAUCACCUCUAGCCGGCAGUGUUUGGGAGGAAUCGUUCACGGAGCUAUUUCCUGAUCUUAUGUAA